AUGGCUCCUCGUCUACCUCGCGUUUAUGUAGUCCGGCAUGGCGAGACGGAAUGGUCGCUUUCCGGUCAACAUACGGGCACAAGCGAUAUACCGCUCACUGCAAACGGCGAGAAGACCGUGAGGGAGCUCGGCAAGCAGAUAGCAGGACCGGGCAAGCUACUAUGUCCUCAAACGAUAUCGCACGUCUAUCUCUCGCCGCGCAAACGGGCACAACGGACUUUUGAACUGCUCUUCGAGUCGCUCAACGAGGACGACCACAAGUACAUGUGCAGGCAUCUGCAAACGACAGAUGACGUCCGAGAAUGGGACUAUGGCGCGUAUGAAGGGCUGACGUCCGAAGAGAUCAGGGAGAAGCACGAUCCUGAUUGGGACAUAUGGACAAAAGGGUGUCCAGACGGUGAAAGCCCCGACAAGAUGCAAGAACGGGUGGACAAAGUAGUCCAUACCGUCGCGAAAGUACACGAAGAGCACUGGCAGAAAGUCAAAUCGGGUCAGCGAGGAGAUGCGGGUGGUGAAGGAGGAGAUGUCCUGAUCGUCACACAUGGGCACUUCAGCAAGACGUUCCUUACGCGGUGGUGCAAGUUGCCGCUAAAAGAUGGUCGCAUCUUUGUCGUCGAUGCCGGAGGCGUUUCUGUUGGUGGCUAUCAGCACCAUGAUCUCAAAGAGCAAUCACUCCUAGCCAUGAACUUGUAUGCACUGUGA